GCGAACCGCCUGCCUUGUCAACACGCGCCAUCGAACCAUUACAUAGCCUGCACCACCCAGUUAUUACACGCACUCUGUCAAGAUGAGCCUAAUAAGGAAAACCGAUCAUCUACAGAUUACUUACAAAUCAAAAUAGUAAAUUCAGCCAGUCUCAGGUAGGAGGUGAUCAGGGGCAGGGCCGGUGACGAGGGAGGAGGGAUGCCUGUUGAGAGCGGAAGCAGCAGCUCUGCUUCGGCUGCCCGUCACCCCAAGCAGAAGCGCAAGGCCCACAGCCUUUCCAUACGUCGCACAAACAGCACGGAGGAGAGGCCGCCUGGUAUGCACAGAGACAUGCUGGAGGGACAGGAUUCCAAGCUCCCCCUAUCCUUGCGAAAUAAUCUCCUUGAUCUUUUCGGGCAGAUCGAGAGAGAGUUUGAGAAUCUGUACAUCGAAAACCUUGAAUUGCGUCGAGAGAUCGAUUCCCUGAACGAGCGUCUGACUGGUGAUGGACAGAUCCUGGAGGGGGGAGACCCCAAUAAGGGGGCUCUCAAAGCAAAAGCGAGCCAUAGCACCAGUCAACUGUCCCAGAAGCUGAAGACGACAUACAAAGCCUCUACCAGCAAGAUUGUGUCCAGUUUCAAGGCCACCACCGGCUCGCGGGCUAUCUGCCAGCUGCUGAAGGAGUAUGUUGGCCACAGAGAUGGCAUCUGGGACCUGGGCAUCACCCGGACCCAGCCCGUGGUGCUUGGAACCGCCUCUGCAGAUCACUCUGCUCUGCUGUGGAGCAUCGAGACAGGGAAGUGUGUUCUGAGGUAUGCCGGCCACGCAGGAUCAGUCAACUCUAUCAAGUUCCACCCCACCGAGCAGAUGGCUUUAACAGCCUCUGGAGACCAGACGGCACACAUCUGGCGGUACAUGGUGCAGCUGCCCGCCCCCCCGCCUCAACCCGAUGCCACCGCCUCUUGCGACGAUGACCCAGACCUGUCGGACCGAGAGGAUGGGGACCUGGACGGAGAGGGUCCCGGCGAGGUGCCCACCAUCCGCGUCGCCACGGCGACCCUGAAGAGCCACCAGGGUGUGGUGAUCGCCGCCGAUUGGCUGGUUGGGGGGCGACAGGUGGUGACGGCGUCCUGGGACCGUGCGGCUAACCUGUACGAAGUGGAGACCUCGGAGCUGGUCCACACGCUGACUGGCCAUGACCAGGAGCUGACCCACUGCUGCACCCACCCGUCUCAGCGGCUGGUGGUGACGUCGUCCAGAGACACCACCUUCAGACUGUGGGACUUCAGGGACCCUUCCAUUCACUCUGUCAACGUCUUCCAGGGACACACAGACACGGUGACGUCAGCGGUCUUCACCGUGGGCGACAACGUGGUCUCGGGAAGCGACGACCGCACCGUCAAGGUGUGGGACCUGAAGAACAUGCGGUCGCCCAUAGCAACCAUCCGCACCGACUCAGCCGUCAAUAGGCUGAGCGUGUCCACCAACCAGCGGAUCAUCGCCCUGCCGCACGACAACCGCCAGGUCCGCCUCUUCGACAUGAACGGCGUGAGGCUGGCCAGGCUCCCUCGCAGCAACAGAAUGGGCCACCGGCGCAUGGUGUGCUGCUCGGCGUGGAACGAGGAGAACCAGUCGUGCAACCUGUUCACGUGCGGCUUUGACCGCCAGGCCAUCGGCUGGAACAUCAACAUCCCCGCCCUGCUGCAGGAGAAGUGACCGCCCUCCCUCCAUCCGACAUCACCACCACCCCCACCAUCACCACCACCACGACCACCACACCAACCACCAUCCACCCCGUCUAUCUGGGACUGACACCCCCAAGAGCCAAAAUUCACAUAGAAGAAUAUAGGAUCCUACCAUCGGCCAGUCGUCGCGCAGAGAAGUGGAAGGCGCCGCGAAAGUUGAGCGUAUGUCGUGUACACUGGCGGAUUGUUGCUGUUCUUGUUGUCCACCAUUCUGUUUGAUUAUUUCCUGCUGCCUUCCGAGCUGUACAUAGUCUGUUGUUUGGUAAGCAGCUGGACAUAAGAUCACUCUUAUUUUGUUGUUGUGCUUUUCAACUGUUUCAACGUGAAGAUCAUGUUUGUGUGUACAACAAUAUAGUGUGUGUGUGUGUGUGUGUGUGUGUGUGUGUGUGUGUGUGUGUGUGUGUGUGUGUGUGUGUGUGUGUGUGUGUGUGUGUGUGUGUGUGUGUGUGUGUGUGUGUGUGUGUGUGUGUGUGUGUGUGUGAUCCAGUUGGCUAGCGUUUAGUAAACAAUUAUCAAUAUUGCUGCCUGUUAUUUAUUCAUGUAAACAAAUAUAGCUUUUAGAGUUGGCACAAUAUAUUACUCUGUGUGUCCAAAUGUACCAGUGGUGUAGUUGAUAGUGUCACCCUUUGCCAUUUAUUCUUUUCUUCCAUAUUGCUGUCCCGUCUUCGUAUUCCCCGUGUGGGAAUUCAGUCUGAGCUAGAGACGGAAGACAGUACCUGUCUGUGCAGAGUUUCACUUGGGCUGCUACUCUGAACAUGUAACUGUAGGAACGGCUAGAUGUGACGUGCUUAUUCUCCUUCCUGACCCAACCGUCUCCUACAGUUGGAGACUUGCUUCAUUUCCCUCGCUGCUGCUUUCACUUUCCAGUGCUUUUCGUUCUUCGUUACUUAAAACUUCUUGUGAUGUUGUUGCCUUUCUUAGUAUAGUUUUAGGACGUUUUGGGAUGUUUAUGCUUUUUGUCCUACUCUGUCUGCUGUUAACCACACAGCAAUAUUGCGAGGAAAAUAAAGCACCAACCUUUUUUUGGUUUUGUAAAUAUAGUCAUUGCUUUGCGAAGUCCUCUUGCGAGCUGUAAAUAGGUCAUGUUUGAAAUCUUCCUGUACUCUGUAUAUGCUCAGCUGAAAUGUGUACUGACUACAGCCAUAUCCAUGCCUCCCCUUGUUCCCUGGAUUCAUUCAAUAGAAACAAGCCCACCUUCUCCAGUCUGGGUCCAACUUUGGACCUUGUGUCUCUGGUGUAACUGUUGAGCUUAAAGUAAAUAUAUCAAUCACUUGUGAUCUUGGCUAUUUAUUAAUUGCUGUCCUUCAGUAAGCACGAGUCCAUAGAAGGCUCGGAUCAUGGGGCUUACACUUUGCCUCAAAGAGUUUGGUUACAGUCAAACUCAUCCGCUCCAACUGAGGGUUGAUAAGAAGGGCCUUUUAUUCAGCAACAGAAAACCUUAUAACCUUGAAACACACCUUGCAAGGUGUAAAUUGAAAUUCACACUGGGUCACAUGAAUAUUUUUUACAUGACAGUAAAGGAUAGGAUUGUGGGUUCACACCUUGAACUCAAAACAAUGCUGUCAUUGGUCACUUUCACUUGUUUGGUCAUGUAUUUAAAUGCUGUAAAUCACAAAGUUCAUGUGUCUGUGUUUUGUCCCUGGCAACCUGUUGUGUAAGACUGAGCCUAGUAGUGUAUAGCAUACUUCACAUUCCGCUGGGAAUUCUUCCUGAUCCUAUGGGUGUGUGUGUGAGCGAGCGAGAGAGGCAGGCAAGCGGGGAUGCCACAAAAACACACACGUUGAGUUGCACACAUUGUUCCACAUUGCAUUGAUGACGGAGAGGAAAAAGCUCUGUAAAAACAGCUUAGACUGAGAUAAUUUCAUUCCAUGAUUAAAUAAGUUCCCCAAUAUAACCACAUUAUUUCCUCCUAACCUUUAACCAAAAUCAACACGUUAUUUCCUUCCACUCUAAGGACUCCUUGAUGGUUGUUAAAUAAACUGUGUUGUUGAAUGCU